AUGUGGAUGAGAACGUACAAGGUGCGGUCAGUCAGUCUGCAGAUGACACGGGCACCGCGGAGAGAGCUGAGUGCGGAGAAACUCUUUGAGAGAUACUACGGGGCCCCGACCUCGGUCCUGCACUUCCAGCAGGCCAUCGCUGUUAUGACCAGCAGCAACACCAAGGUGGACUUCCUUCACGUCACAGAGGGCAGGUACCACUUCGAUUCGGAGUCGCUCGCCGAGGGCAAAGCGCUCCUCCUCACCACCAAGGCCAGAGCGAUCCAAAACAUCCUGCAACAGAAUUACAACACAGCCCGAAAAAACGUUGGCUCACUCCUACACACACUACAGGAUUUUUACAGCCACAGUAACUGGGUCGAGCUGGGGUUCCAAAAGCCCCUCAGGAACCUCCUCAGAGCGGACGAGUCGAUUGGCAGGAUCGCAGGUCCAGAUGAGAGGACGUGCAGCGAGUGUGUCACCUCCCACAGCUGCAGGGAUAAAAUCCUGGACAAUGUCCUCAACCAAAAAAUCCUCACCACCGGAUACUUCGGAUUUAGCAGCAAUGCUCGUCCAGAAGGCAAGUGCAGUCACGGAGGGAGCGCGGACCGGGGAAAACGAGCCAAUCAGGGGAUUAACAAGGACACCCGAAAAUCCCCGCACGGGCAGUAUCACAACACAGCCGCUGAGAUCGCCACCCAAGCCUCUCUCGAGCUCUUCCUGGAGAUCUGGGACACUGUUGGAGAUGACUCCUUUCUCCGGUGA